AAAAUCCUCAUUUCCUCAACGAGAAAUGCGAGUGGCGUGCGUAAUCAGAGAAUCAGAGCACUUUCCUCGCGAACUGAAUAAACUGUGAACUUGAGACACUUGUACAGCUACUGCUUUCUGAGUUUCAACGAGGGAGUAAAUUAAACGAGAUAAGUUAUCCAGUAUCCACCCUUCUAUACCUAAAAUACAAAAACAGAUAACCCUAUCUUCCGUUGGAUUUGAUUAACAGUCAAUUGAACGAGUUCAGGUCGGAAUCCAUCGAGCUGAAUACAAUAGUGGCUAUACGUCAUCGAAGAUGGCAGUUUCAGAGGAGGAAUCUUCCUCGUCGUCUGCGUCUGCGAGUACCUGCAGGUCACGAUCAGCAGCCAUGAACGGUGGAUGUUAUUUGGCGAAGACGGUACUAAGAGGAAGCGUUGUUCUCCAAGUCGUCUAUGGCCACAUCCGCUUUUCUUCUUCCAAGGACGCAGUUUUCGGCAAGGAGACAUCUUUAGAGUUGGUGGUCAUAGAUGAUAGCGGAAUUGUACAAUCAAUAUGUGAGCAGCCAGUGUUUGGCACCAUAAAAGACCUCGCUAUUCUUCCCUGGAGUGAUCAGUUUCGUUCUCGAAACUCACAGGUUCAUGGAAAGGAUAUUCUGGUUGUCUUGUCCGAUUCAGGAAAGCUAUCAUUUCUUGCAUUUUGCAAUGAAAUGCACAGGUUUUUCUCGCUGUCGCAUGUUCAACUCUCAUGUCAUGGAAAUUCAAUGAAUCAAAUUGGAAGGAUGUUAGCAAUUGAUUCAAAUGGCUGUUUUAUUGCUGCUAGCGCAUAUAAAGAUAGAUUAGCUCUUCUCUCUGUCUCAACUUCUGGUGGCAAUGAUAUUAUUGAGAAGAAAAUCUGCUGCCCUCCUGACAAUCAACAGAACAUCAGGAAUGCAAAUGGUGUUACUGAUUUCUGUGGUACCAUAUGGAGUAUGUGCUUUAUCUCAAAAGAUCUACACCAGUCAAGUAAGGAGCACAACCCUGUGUUAGCAGUUCUUCUGAAUAGGGAGAGAUCGUAUAGGAGUGAGCUUAUGUUGGUAGAAUGGGAAGUUAAGGAGGAUUUGCUCCAUGUGAUAUAUCAGAAUGCGGAACCUGCACCGUUUGCACAUCAUAUAGUUGAAGUUCCGUAUUCUUAUGGACUAGUGGUUCUGUUCAGGGAUGGGGAUGUCAUCCUAAUGGAUUGCAGGGAUGCUUGUAACCCUGAUUUGUUGUAUAGAAUAAGUUUAAAUUUCUCUCCUUCAGUUGAAGAGCAGAAUUUUGUUGAACCUACAAUUAGGAUUUCAGAUAUUAUUGAUGAAGAAGGUAUGUAUAAUGUUGCUGCAUCUGCACUAUUGGAGCUCAGUGACAUAAACAAAAGCGAUCCAAUGAACAUUGAUGAUGAAAGCAUCAUCAAAUCAGGCAGUAAUUAUGUAAGCUCAUGGAGUUGGGACUCUGCAAAUAAAAACAAUCCAAGGAUAAUUUUUUGUGCUGAUACCGGGCAAGUUUUUAUGAUUGAGAUCUUUUCAGAUUGUGAUGGAAUCAAAAUGAAUUUAUCUGACUGUCUUUACCAAGGCAUACCAACCAAGGUGCUAUUGUGGAUGGAGACUGAUUUUAUAGCAGCUAUAGUUGAGAUGGGUGACGGGAUGGUUCUAAAAUUGGAAGACGGCAGGCUAGUUUACACAAGUCCAAUCCAAAACAUUGCACCGAUAUUGGAUAUGUCAGUUGUGGACUACCAUAAUGAGAAACAAGAUCAAAUGUUUGCUUGCUGUGGGAUGGCACCUGAAGGAUCUUUGCGAAUCAUUCGAAGUGGCAUCAGUGUGGAGAAGUUGUUAAAAACUGCUCCCAUUUAUCAAGGAAUAACUGGCACUUGGACUGUGAAAAUGAAGGUCACUGAUAUCUAUCAUUCUUUCCUAGUGCUGUCUUUUGUUGAAGAAACCAGAGUUCUUUCAGUUGGGGUAAGCUUUUCUGAUGUAACUGACGCUGUGGGUUUCCAGCCUGACGUCUGCACCUUGGCAUGUGGUCUGAUAGCUGAUGGUUUAGUGGUGCAAAUACACGAACAUGCUGUUAGACUGUGUGUGCCUAUUGCAUCUGCAAAUCCUGAAGGUGUCACUGAAGCUUCUUCCCCUGGAACAUGGUCGCCUAAUGAUACUACAAUUAGUAUGGGAGCAGUUGGGCACAAUGUGAUAGUUGUGGCAACUUCGAACCCAUGCUUUUUAUACGUGCUUGGUUUCAAAUCAUUGUCAGCGUCCAAAUAUGAAGUGUACCAAUUGCAACAAGUAAGGUUGCAGGAUGAGCUGUCCUGCAUUUCAAUCCCUCAGAAACAGAUUGAGGUAAAACCAUUUGUGUCCCAAAUGAGCAACGCGAACAAUGCCCCUAUCGUUUCUCUUCAAGCAGAGUUUGACUUCAGUAAUACUUUUAUUAUUGGUACUCACAAGCCUUCUGUGGAAGUUCUAUCCUUCUCGUUUGAUAAAGGCCUUCAAGUUGUUGCUGUAGGAUCAAUAUUACUUACUAACACUCUAGGAACUACCGUAACUGACUGCAUUCCUCAAGAUGUAAGGCUUAUACUUGUUGAUCGGCCAUAUGUUCUUUCAGGAUUAAGGAAUGGUAUGCUGCUCAGGUUUGAGUGGGCUUCUACCUCAAAUGUUUCUGCUGUACAAUCAUCUUGCGUGCAGAAUUUCACUUGUUCUCAGUUGCCAAGUACUAACACUGCACCACACACCACUUCUGUAAAUUACAGGGCCAUGCCUACAUCUGCUUCGACUUUGCUUGAUAAGACGAGGGACACUAUUUUCGUUCAUCUUCAACUAAUUGCAUAUCGUCGUAUAGGCAUUAAUCCAGCUAGCUUGGUUCCUUUAAGUGACUCUCUUGAUACUGAUGUAAUUGCUUUAAGUGAUAGGCCUUGGCUAUUACAAACUGCAAGACAUAGUAUUUCCUUCACAUCCAUCUCCGUUCAGCCUUCCACGCAUGCCACUCCAGUUUGUUCAAGUGAAUGUCCAAAGGGCGUUCUAUUUGUUGCUGACAAUAGCCUUAAUUUGGU